UUCAUGUUUACUCCACUAAGAAGAAAUAGUCCUUAUAAAGUGAUUCAAAUUUUGUACAACCAACACCUAAUUAACGAGUUCAUACUUUUGCCUAUCAGCACACUUUCUUAGAAUGAACUGGUGGUUGUCAAGAUCUAUCCAUAAUGCACAGCAGAAAAAUGUUGAUUAUCGCGGAACACAUGAAAAUGUUGGCCUUAUUAUUGGAGUGACUGGUGUUGUUGGCAACAGUUUGGCUGGAACACUCUCCUCCACUGACACCCCAGGCGGCCCGUGGAAGAUCUACGGUGUGUCAAGACGAGGGAUGCCAGUCUGUAGCAUUGCUAAAGUCACCUACAUUCAAUGCGAUGUCUCUAAAUCAACUGAUGUACAAGCCAAAUUAUCGACCCUAAAAGAUGUGACACACAUUUUUUGGGUGACUUCGGCUUUUGACCUUUCCACUUCCAAAUGUUGUGAAAUCAAUGGAACAAUGUUUCGUAAUGUCCUCACUUGUGUCAUACUAAAUGCACCUAAUUUACGCCACAUCUGUCUCCAGACGGGCGGGAUGCAUUAUAUGGAAAUUCACAGAUCAAUUGAUGGGAAACUCUGUGUAACUUCUCAUGAUCCGCCUUUCCAUGAAGACAUGAAAAGAUUGGAAAACAUUCACAACUUCUACUACACGUUAGAAGAUGUAUUAUUCGAUGAAGUAUCCAGAAAACCAACCCUAACAUGGUCCGUCCAUAGACCUGAUUUGAUUUUCGGGUUUUCACCUUAUAGCACGUUGAACAUCAUUGGAACACUUUGUGUAUACGCAACAAUAUGCAAAUUCAUACACAUUCCGAUGAAAUUUCCAGGUACAGAAGCUGUUUGGGAUAGUUAUUCGAAUGCAUCAGAUGCUAAUUUGGUGGCAGAGCAUCAAAUUUGGGCAGCAAUGUGUGCACAGGGGAAAAACAGGGCAUUCAACAUUACUAACGGUGAUGUGUUCAAAUGGAAGCAUUUGUGGAAGGUAUUGGCUGAAGAAAUUGGAGUUGAAUAUGUGGAAUUCAACGCGACGGAGAAGAUUAUUUCAUUGUCUGAGAUGAUGAAGGAUAAGGGGCCUGUGUGGGAUAAGAUUGUGAAAGACAAUAAGUUGAUUUCGACAAAGUUAGAAGAGGUUGGAUUGUGGGGUUUUGCAGAUAUGUUACUUGGUGGAGGGACUUGUAGGUUGAGCAGUGUAAAUCGUAGCAAAGAGAAUGGUUUCAUUGGCUUUAGGAAUUCAAUCAAUUCCUUCAUUUUCUGGAUUCACAAGGCAAAACAUAAUAGAUUAAUUCCAUGAACUUUGUCUUUUCACUUAUCAUUUUAUUAAAAAAAUUUG